GGUGCCCGGUUACAAACGGCAUUAGCUAUUCAGAAAUAUGGAGUGAUGGAUGUCUUUCCCACUGGCUGCUAAUAUAUCACAUUUUUUUCCGUAGUCCGUGGCUUUUUGCUAUGUUGUCUCUAUUAGAAUUAUGUUUAAUACCGCCCCGAGUGAUAAUUCCAAGAUCAUUUGUUAGAUAUUACUGCAGCAAACAUGCUCCUGCUAACCUUCUCAAGCAGCCUGCCACAGCAGCAGCUGAAAUUUACGGGUCAUCUGCUACAAGUCUCAACAAGCCACAUAGGCCCAAAAGAAGAAAAACUAAGUUGAAACUGACACUAAUUGAAGUUGGUUCAUUGAGUGUAUCAGAGCUUCAUCCCAAAGCAACAAGAAUCAACAAAAGAACACUAAAAGAUGCCAUGUUGAAAAUAUCAAACAAUAGCAGUCUUCAGCCAAACAUUUUGCAGAAAAAAGGCAGCCUCAGCUAUGAAGACAAUUGCAAAGAAAGUUCGUCUGAAAACUUGAUUAGGGUCAAUGAUAUAUCUAGGAAUGCUUCAACUCAAGUUAGAAACACAAACAAAGCAGAGUCAUCUAAGAAAGAAGCUGAAAGUAUUUCUUGUGAUAGCAGUUAUCCUAAAAUCACUUCUAUUGAGAAUGAAAAUUCUGCCAUCAAACAAAUUCAGAUGGAUAAAAUUUACAUCAAUCAAUUGCCAAGUAUAAAGAAGAAAUGUAAACAAAAGAAGGCUUCAAAAAAAUUAUCACCUGCAGUUGGCCCCUGUUCCAGUCAGCAUGCAGUUAAUUCUUCCAAUGGUAACCAUGAGGAUAAUCUUGCUUCAAGUUCUUCUUUAGCAAUAAAGAACAAAGACUCAGAAGAUGUGCUUCAAAAUGCAGUCAAGGCCACAAAAUCCAAGAAAAAAUGUCACAAGUCUAAAGAAAAAAAUUUGGAUCGUAUAGAAAAACAAGUACAGGCUCUUCGAAAGCAGCAAAGAAAUUUCAGAUUCAACCGAGAACUGGAAGCCUAUCUCUCAGUUUGUGUAACUGCUGGAAUGUAUAACCGAGCAUGUCAUACUCUGGCUCAUUACCGUCAUACUAAAGGCACCAUUCUCACCUCAGUUACUGCAUACAAUAUAGUAAUGGCUGGGCAAUACACAGCAGGCCACUUCAUGCGAGUUGUUCAGCUUGACUCAUGGCUGAAGGACAGUGGUUUGAGUCCAACGGCGUGUACGUACGCCCUGCACAUAUCCGCUCUGCACAAGAUGGCUCAGAAUUACUCCAGUGACAGUAUUAAUCCUGGCUCUCCCUUGCCCUGUCAUCAAAAUGGCAAGGCUAUAGAGGAAUCAAUAAGUUCUUUUAAUGACCCUGGCUCAUUAUCACUGAAUAAGUUGCAUGUGCCAGAUAACUGUGUUAUAAAAUUCAUACAGACGUCAAAUUCUCGGUAUGGUGUUACUUCAGAAAAAGACAUGACGAUGAUCAAGCAAAAGAUUUCAGCUGUACUGGAUCAAAUGUUGCAACAGGGCUUGACGUUGGACCACUUGUUUGCUGAAGCCAACUUCCUGGGUGACUUGUACACUGCCACCCUCGCUGGCGUGCGACGUGUCCACCCUCACUAUUCGCCUUCACCCAUCAGGCGGCAUGACACGCCUGGCUAUACCUGCCCUCUGCUGGAGAAUGCUAAUGACCACAUGGAUUAUACUUCUUCUUUAAAAUCAAACGAUAAUUUGAGUUCAGCCAACAUGGGCUCGUCUAAAUUGUUCGUGCCGUCGCCUGAAGACGUGGAGGAGCAGUUCGCCAUGGAGGCUCAUGGAGUAGCGACCAUUCCCAGUGUGCACUCCAUGGUUCACAACCCGUACCUUAAGAAAAAGCUGGAUGUGUGGCAGGGCCGAUGGCGCAAGGCGUUGCUUGAGGCUUAUACUACCGAAGUCGAGAAGCUCAGGAAAAAAUUCUUUGCCGAUGAUUUGGACAAAAACAUUUGCUUGUAUCCCUACCUCAUGAUUCUCUCACCAGAACAAAUGGUUCAAAUCAUGAUGCAGGAGAUCCACACGAUCGCUGGUGGGUCGGAGGGCAAUUCUCCAUCACUCAACUUCCUCUACUACCGCAUCAGUCAGACGGUCUUUGGCCUGUUCUCCUUCAAAUAUAAAGAAGACAUCGGUUUACUGGGCAAAUUCAAGAAGAUAUAUGCCGAGUACCUCAAGAUCUACGGGGAUCAUGCGGAGCGUGGUUUGAACGGCCGCGUCGCAAUGGAGCAGCUGUGCGAGCUGCACCCCGAGGGCCCUCGUCUCACCCACCGCCCGCCUGACUGGCCAUUCUUCACGCGACUCGAGCUCGGCAAGUUCCUCUAUACGCUCAUCAUCCGCAACAUCUUCGUGUGGCAUCCCAUCAACACUGAGAAACGCAAGCUGCCCGCGAUGCAGGAAGUUGACAGAGUGUGUGGCUACAACAACGUCCUGGAGCUCCGUGCGCACUCGUUGCUGUGCCAGCUCUACAGGGAGACCAACGAACUCUCUUUUUUCCCAACCGAACUGCCGAUGACCUGUCCGCCCCGUCCGUGGGUUACCUGCGAGACCGGCGGUAACCUGGUGCUCCCUAACUCCAUGGUCAGACGUCCGCCCAACAGCCACCACUACAACGAGAAAGUGCGCAGCACUCCCACGGAACAACUCCGACCCUGCAUGGACAGCCUCAACAACCUGUCCUGCACUCCCUGGAGGGUCAACGCACCCAUGCUGGAUGUUAUCAGUGAGGUGUUCAACUCGAACAGCGGCGCCGAGCUAGACGUUCCUCAGCAUCCUUCAGCGCUAACUAAGCCUGCGCCCUUGCCUCCCAAGCCAUCUGCUAAUGAGCGAGCUCGACACAACAGCAUGAUGCUCGAUUACUUUAAGAAAAAGAAUGAAAUGCAUUCCUUGUGGUGCAGCGCCUUGUACAAGAUAUCCAUGGCUAGUCAUUUCCGCGAUAGAGUUUUUUGGUUUCCUCACAACGUUGACUUCAGAGGCCGCGCUUAUCCCUGCCCGCCUCAUUUCAGCCACUUUGACUCCGAUCUUUUCCGGUCGUUGCUCCACUUCGCUAUUCCAAAGCCACUUGGUAAAGUGGGGCUGGACUGGCUCAAGACACACGUGAUCAACUUGACAGGAUUUCAAAAGCAGAAUUCUCUCAGCGCCCGACUUGAGUAUUGCGAGUCUGUGCUGCCUGAGAUUUUUGACAGCGCUGAACGCCCUCUGACAGGCAACCGAUGGUGGACCACGAGUGACGAGCCCUGGCAGACACUGGCUGCCUGCAAGGAGCUUCACGCGGCACUGCACUCACCGGACCCUGAGGGUUUCAUGAGUCGUUUGCCCAUCCAUCAAGACGGGAGCUGCAACGGCCUUCAGCACUAUGCUGCCCUGGGUCGUGACGUCGAGGGUGCCACCAGCGUCAAUCUAGCACCCAGUCCUGUGCCUCAGGACGUGUACACGGCAGUGGCUAACUUGGUUGAGAAGAUGCGUGCCAGCGAUGCGGCGGACCCUGCCAGUAAGAACCACGCCAUAGCGCGGACACUUGAAGGCUUCAUCAAGAGAAAAGUUGUUAAGCAGACCGUCAUGACCACAGUGUAUGGGGUCACUAGAUAUGGUUCCAUUCUACAAAUUGACAAACAGCUCAAAGAACUGGAGGGCUUCCCGCCGGAGAGUCGGUCAGCAGCGUCUAGGUACCUCAGUGAUGCCACGUUCCGGUCGCUCGAGAUGAUGUUCAUGGCUACCAAGGAAAUUCAGGAUUGGUUCACUGAUUGUGCCACUCUCAUCUCUAAGGUGUGUGGCCAGAGUGUGGAGUGGGUGACGCCUCUGGGUCUGCCCAUUGUACAGCCCUACCACAAGCCCUCGUCUAGCGCUCAGGUGCAGAAGUUACAUGCUUCCUCCAUCACAUCACUGGAUAAUUUAUACGCACCGAACUCAGUGAAGCAGCGCAACGCUUUCCCCCCCAACUUCAUCCACUCACUGGACGCAUGUCACAUGAUGCUCACAGCUCUGUAUUGCCACCGCCAUCACCUCACCUUCGCGUCUGUGCACGACUGCUACUGGACACAUGCGUCAACUGUUGACACCAUGAGCAAGAUUUGUCGCGACCAAUUCGUUGCUCUGCACUCCCAGCCAAUAUUGUCGGACCUGUCCAAGUUCAUGUGCCAACGAUAUGGUUUCCCUUACGAGAAUUUCACUCAUGACGGCUCUGCUGCCGAUGGUGCUAGAUUGAGAGUCAACUCGACACUAGAAGCGAUACCCAAGUUGGGCGACUUUGACAUUGAGCUCGUCAAACAAAGUAAAUUUUUCUUCAGCUAGUGUCUGGAAGAUUAAAUAACUCUCAAUCGGUGGGAAAAUUGUAUCACAUAAUGUAUUUCUUCCUCGCAUCAUUUCAGUUAAAUAACUAUGAAAUGUCGCUGUGAUGAGUCAGGUUCAUAACGUGACACGGGAUAGAUCUCAAAUUUUAGUGAGAUGCAACAGACUUACAUUUUUAACCGUGAUGAAUGCAAUAUCAGCCUUCAAGCACCGCAACUAUUUAUGAAAUUGGUGGUGUUCACUAAACCAUAUAUUCAAUUAAGUAUGUUAAACCUAGUCGUGUCCGUCUCCAUCACUAAAUCUCAUAGAUCCCUGAGGAGGAAGCAAAAAUUAUUAAUUACCAGAUAAUUGAUAUUAAUUUAAUUAAAUAAUGUUGUUGAUAAUUUUCUUCAAAAGAGGAAUGAAAGUUCAACUCUCGUGUUGGUGCCAUUUUAAAAUAUAACUGUACAAAUCGACGUUAA